AUGGAACCACCAAGCCGAGGGAAAUUAACCGGAAUAGUCGCGCCCUUUCAGGAAUCUUUAUCAGAAUGUCAACUAAAGUCAGAUAAAGUGCUGGACGCUAAUGACUUUGUUGUUCGGAACGUAAGUCUUCUAAAGCUUUUAAUUUUUUUUCAAGUUUAGGUACGUUAUACUAUAAGUAGGUAUAAACAACGCUCUAAAACAAUAUAACUGAACUAAACCCACAAAGUGAACCCAAAAAACUUGUGCUGUAGGAUAAAUGCCGGUUAAUAACGUUGUCGUACUUCAGCCGCCAAUUAUCUUGCAGUAGCUUUUCGGACUGUAAACAAAUUAUUCGAACAAAACCUAAAAUUAAAGUGCAUAUACGUUAUUUACAUCCGCUGAUGGUGAAUAAUUUGACUUCCGGUUCUUUAUGACCGCUAAAUUGUAGUUAAGAUAGUAAAUAACGUUUUGCAUAUUGAGUUUUGUUGACAGCGUUUAGUAUUUGUGAGGUACGAGCUAUUUAAAAUAUUGUUAUAGACAUCAAAGGUGUUGUUGUGGAAAAAUAAAUCUAACAAUUUUUUCUUUUGGUAACGAAUUUGUUUUUAAAGCUAGAUUAUAGUUUGAUAAAGCUAAUAUACGAAUAUCUGUUUCAAAAUUUGAAGUUGAAUGGUUUUAAGAUAUUGUUUUAAACAUCAGAGACAGUUGUGGAACGAUCAAUCUAAAAUAAUAUAAAACUGGUUUUUAGGUAACAAUAUCUUUUUUAGGGUUAGUGAACAAUCUGAUAAAGGUACUGCAUAAAAGUGUUUUUAAUAGCUUGGUUUUAAAGUUUUUUACGAUAUUGUUAUAGGCAUUAGAAGUGUUGCCGUUGAAAAAUAGAUCUAAAACAAUAUAAAAUGGGUUAGUGAAAUCUCGGGGAAUGCGUUUUCGGGGAGUACAUUUUCAGGGAGGAAGUUUCGGGGUAUGGUAUUUUCGGGGAAUGUAAUUUCGGGGUAUAUGUUUUCGGGGAAUAAUAUUUUCGGGGAGUGAACUUUUCGGGGAAAAUUUUUAAUUACCCUUUUGAAGCCAAGUGUUUUUUACAAAGUUAGAAAAUGGCCUUUUAAGGCUAUUCUAAAAAUAUUUUUUGUAAUCUUUAAUUUUGGGUGUAGAUAUGAUAUUAUUUUAGGCACCUCCAACGAUCCGCUACAUUCCAAAUUUUAUAACCGAAGAGGAAGAACAAGCUUUGUUGAGUCGAGUUUAUACCGCACCAAAACCAAAGUGGCAAUACCUAAAAGACCGAAGGUUACAAAACUGGGGCGGAAUUGUUGGUAAAAAUGGGUUGAUCAGCGAUGGGAACAUACCUGAGGUAGGAUAAUAAGUUUUUGUGAUUUUUAGGCUUUACAUUGAAUUUAUUUUCAUUUUUGAUGGCGUUGUCAAUAAGAAUGGUUAAAAAUAAUAUUUUUAGUGGCUUACGAAUGUGAUUGAUCGAAUAAUGACGGUGGAGAAUGGCUUUCCAUGCAAUAAUCGACCAAAUCAUGUUCUGAUCAACGAAUAUCUACCUGGUCAAGGAAUAAUGGUAAUUUUUCAUUAUGGUCGUUUGGUAUUUAGGUUAAAUUUGGUAUCAAAAGAAAGCUGAGAUCGUAACGAAGCUAAUAGUGUAUUAAUCAUGAUAUAUAUGGGCAGACCAAGUUGAGUUUUGUUCUGAUUUGUCUAAAUUAUUCAUGGUUUUUAGCCUCACACUGAUGGACCGGCCUUUUUCCCAUUGGUAUCGACUAUAUCGUUGGGUUCGGCUACGUAUUUGGACUUUUAUAAUGUUAUUGAACAGGUGAGAGCUUUGAAAUUUUUGAAGAAAACUUUUUGGUGCUAUAUAGUACGAACGAGUAGUAUAUAGUAUCAAAUGUUAUUUUUUGUUUUUUAAUAGCAAUUUAUAAUGAGUAUCAAACAAAUUUUUAUAAGUUCUUACUAUAUAGCACGAUACUGUCAUAUAAUACUAAAUAGCACCAUUCCAGGGCCAAGAGAAUCCAUCUCCAAUAGCCGAAAGAUUUUUUGGUACUAUGCUACUACAGCCUCGUAGUUUAGUACUAAUCAACUCCGAAGCCUAUAGUACUCAUCUUCAUGGAAUUGCGGAACGACCGGUCGAUGUUGUCCAUGACAAGAUCUUCAACCGACCACCUGGACUGCAAUUGCAAGAAAGCCACCCUAGACAGACUAGAAUCUCGUUGACAAUUCGAAACGUGCCGAACGUUAAGAAGAUCAAUGUUCUUCAGAUGCUACAGAAGCGUUGA